GGAGGAGCUCGGUAUAAAGCGGCACACCCAGCCAAUCCUCCGACCCGGCCCCUAGAGCCGAGAGGUUGAGAGGUCAAGAUUAGGCUGAAGACGCCCACACACACCCACCCAUCAUCGUCCCUCACCAACCCCUCCUCUCACGACCAUGAGCAGCUCACGGGUGGAAGGCCUCAUCCCCUUCAUCUACAAGGCCAUCAAGGACCACCGCCGGAGCAGCAGCCGGGCCGCCUACCGAGACGCGGAGGCGGAGGACGCCGUGGACCUCGGCGACACGGACCAGAGGCGGCGCUGGCUGGAGCAGGAGCUGCGGUCACCGCUCCGCGCCGCCGCCGCCGCCCCGGCGUCGACGCAGCGACACGGGCGGAACCGGUCGCUGGAGGAGCUGGCGGGCCAGGUGGGGCUCUCGCCGGGCCGGCGGCUGCCGCUGCCAAAGGCCAGGAGCGUCCGCGCCUUCGCCUGCAUCGGUGCCGGCGCCGCGUGACCGCUGCCCCGCCCCAGCACGCCGGCGCAUAGCCCGUAGUCCGGUAGACGUGGGUGGAUUCAUGCUUUGUAGGUCAAGUGCAGUAGUGUAAGUUUUGGUUGAAGCUGUGCAUACGUACGUAUGAGCGAUUCGUUGUAUGACUGGAGUUGGAGAUUGUAAACGAACAGAUACUUCUCUUUUCA